AUGCGAGUGCGCAAAUCCGUCCCAGAGGGGUACAAGACCAGCGGCACGAGCGCAUUCAAGCUGUGGACGGACAACACCGUCCCAGCGGCGGCCUCCCGUACCGCGACGCAAACCACGCUGCGGGCCGCGUCCAGAGAACUCCUCCCCUUCUGCGGCAUCAACAAGGUCGGCGGCCUCGAUUCGCAGCCCGCGUUCGCCAGUGACGACGAGGACGACUCUGUGCCCGGGCCGGACGACGUGCCGGAGCUGACCAUGUCGCAAGAGAGCGUGGACAGCAACGCCUCCGAACUGUCGCGGAAGCGAUGCCACAGCGACGACGAGCGGGCAGAUUGCCCAACCCUGUUGGCGCUGCCGUCCAAGGGGUGGGACGACCAAGUCAGCCCGCGGAGCUUUGCUCCGUCUCAGUGGGGGAACAUGAGGGUCAUGGCCGUCCCGAGGACUCGUGUGAAGAAGCGCUCGUCAUUCAAGGACGUCGAUCAGGAGAAUGCAGCGGUGGACGGGGACUUUGGGGAGGCUGAUUUUCUCGUUUUUGGUGGCACACGCGACAUGGAUCUGUCUUGA